AUGUUUUCCGUUCGCGCCCUCUUGCUCGUGGUCACCGUCACUCUAUUUGCCAUGCUCGUUAUGGCUUCACCCAUCCCAGACGAGACCAUUGCGAAGAAGUCCUUGAAACAGCUUGUCAUGAAGCGUGGUGAAGGACCCACUCCCGUUAGGCGGGCCGAUGAACACAAGCCUUCCGGGUGGGCCCGUGCGGAGGUCGGCAAGAGGUUGUAG